UGUUGCGAGAACAGGCGAGCGAACGACGGGAGAGGGAGCUAGAACACAAAGAACACAAAGUUUCAACUAGAACUGAGAUGUGCGCGUCUGAUGGGCACUUGGUUUUAUAGGAACGGCGCAAGCCGAUGUCAUUUGGGCGCAGCCUAUUGGCCCGUCUGGCUCAUGCGCUCGGACCUCUCUCUCCCGCUCGUACCUAUCAUGUCGGAUCCUUCGGCUUCCUCACUCUCUUUCUCUUCGGAUCGUUCGGACUUCAACAGUCUGUGCUGGAAUUACUCGUUUCAGAACCACACUGAGCAGUGGCGUGCGGCAUCCCUUAGGACAGCAUGCGUCCCAGUAUUUCUUUUUAUUAAUAUUGGGUAUUCCAUGUGGUUGGUCGACAUGGAUUCCGGUCAUGGGCUCAUCAUGAUAAUCAUUGCAAUCAUCAGCUCUCUCAUAUAUAUUGCUGCACGCAUUACACUAAUCAUCCUUAUGAUGCUGAGCUUGCGAUCACUACCUCCUGGCGUAUACGAUACCGUAGAUUGGACCAGGUUUGUUCCACAUUUUUAGUUUUAUUGCAUUGCCAUACCACAGUAUGCUCACCCGCAUGUUCUCACUAUCACUGUCAAAACCAGAGGCGUGAAUGCAGCUCGGG